UUCAAAGUUCAAGCAGUUGCAAAGUUUUUGCCGUGUAGAACAGUUUCUAAAACUCAACUUUUCCUCACUAACUGGAUUUAGGAAUUGAGAACAAUUGCUAGGAGUUUGUGCCUGUCAAAACAAACUAUUUACCAUGGCUGUCGCCGAUGCCAUGCUACCUUCAAUCUCCACAUUUGCUGACCAGAGUAUGGAUGAAAAACAAGAAGAAAUUGUGCAUAGAUGGAAGGUGGGGCGGAAUGACAAUAAUGGACCGGUGAACGAAUCGAGGCCGCUCAUUGAAGUUGAAUUCAACGUCGUCGAGUCAGCGUCGUUAAAAAAGGACGAAGAUGAUUUAAGCAAAUUUUUGGAUUUAGAGUUUAUCCUGUCCAAUACCAUUGCAUCUGAGAAUGGGAAUAACUCUUUACAUCAAUCAGUUUACCCUCUGCCUGAGACGCCCGAGAGCUGCAGUACCGUAUACGACAGCGACGGCUCCUAUCCUACGCCAAACAACUACGGUAACAGCAAUAGCUUUUCAGGAAGCCCAAGCCACAGCCUGGUCGCUGAACUCCUAACCCCAGAGCUGAACUACAACGGUUCUUGUGACAUUCAACAGGACUACAGCAUGAAGGCAGUCGUGGAUAGAAGGGAGUACACAGAGCUUAGGACACCCAGCGUGGGGAAUCCUAGUCAGUUAUCCAUGCCCUUGGAGAAUAUGCACCACAUGGGACUAAAAAUCAAAACAGAGAACCAGGAGCACUCAUGCAUGAUGGCAGCUGAAUGUAUGGGGAAGAUGGUAGACCAAAAGUCAACCCUGUUUCCCAUGCAUCACCAACAGCAUAGUCAUCAAGUGCCACAUCGUGGGUUUGUUCACCAUAGGGUACCGCAAUCGACAUCCUUAGAAGAGAUGGUUCCAAAAAACUGCCACUCUAUCGCUGAUAUGCACCCCCACACGCAUAUGGCCUUUCAUCAGCAGUACCAUUUCGGCAACUCAUAUGCAAACCAUUAUGGCCACCACCAAGCCACACCUCAGUUUCACGGACAAUUCAAUAUCUUUAGAGAGCCCAUGAAGGUCCAUCACCAAGGCAUGCGUGGUAUGAUGCUGACUCCUCCGUCUUCCCCGCACCUGGAAUUCUUUGCGCCCGUCUGCGCCCCAGAAGACUGCAAACCCAAACGAGGACGCCGAACCUGGGCAAGAAAGCGGACAGCAACCCACAAUUGCGAGUUCCCAGGCUGUGGGAAGACGUACACCAAAAGCUCUCAUCUGAAAGCUCACAUGCGCACUCAUACAGGUGAGAAACCUUACCAUUGUAAUUGGGAAGGCUGUGGAUGGAAAUUCGCUAGGUCUGAUGAACUUACUCGCCACUACAGAAAACACACUGGCCACAGACCUUUUCAAUGCCACCUGUGCGAGAGGGCCUUCUCCCGAUCCGACCACCUGGCACUGCACAUGAAGAGACACCUGUAAAAAGAAAAGCAAAAACAAAAAGAACAUUUAAAAAAAUAGUAUAAUAAUAUUAUAAAAUAAAAAAAGUGGCUAUUUAUAAGAUAUCACAUAUUUUGGGUAAACAAUACGUUAAUUUAUGUAUAUAAGUGUCACUAAAUUAAGACUUCGUAUUUAAGAAAAAAGAGCUGUUAACCUUCUUGAUGUGUCUAAUACAAAUAAUGACGUCAGCUGUGGCAUUUCAACUUUUACAAAGCAGGGCGGGACCCAUGUUGUAUAUUGUUGUGCAUAGCUUUUUGAAAAGGAACUUUUGAUUGUACAUUCUUUUUUUGUUAAUAUUGCCUUCGAAAAACUACCAUCGGCUUUCUACAUGCCAAGAGACAAAACGAAAUAACUUUUUGAACUGUGGGAACUAUUCGAUACUAAGAAUAUCUGUGUAUUAUAACUUAAAAAAAAAAAAAAAAAAAUCUUUGUGUAUAAAAUGUUUGCUUGUUUCGUCUAGUUAAUUCCUUUUGGUCUGUAAAACAUAAUUGUUUUUGAUGUUCUCGAGUUACAGAAUCCGGUACUGUUGGACUGCCUUGUUUAAUGAAGUUGUACACUUUGUAAAGAUAUAAAUGAACUGUAUUAUUAUUACACAUAUACUUGAAACUUAUUUUUUUAGCAGAAGUUAUUAACCACUUGUUUACUGGCCUCAUAUAGCUCUCCAAAAAAGUUAAUUAUUAUUAUUAUUAUUAUUAUUGUAUUGGUAUUUCUAUGCAGACGAAGGCAAAAAGCUAAAUAAUUCACUUCAAAAGUGCAAUAUGUGGUGUUUAUCUUCUAAUUUUAAAGUGGAUGCUUUUGUACUGUUGGUAGGGUUAUCCAAAGGGGGAAAAAAAUUUAAAAAUAUGAGCAAUGUAUGUUGUGUGUUUUGAGAAAAAUAAAUGCAAUAUUAAAAAAGAGGUCUUCCGUACUAUCAGAAUACUUUUUUUUUUUUCAAAAUACCCUACUGCAAUUCAAUUUUGCAAGUCCCCUUUACCCUCUGUUCUCUGAAACAUGAUUUUGUUUUGCUGACACAAAAGACUCAAAUACAUACAAUUAGGCGCUAAAAAUAAGUAGAUUUGUUUGAACAAUUUAACAUCCAAUUUUGACUGAACACUAUCCCAAAAAAAUGGCAUAGUGAGUGAAUUGUAUUAUACACGUUUGAAGUUGUAUUUAUUUUUGUCAAGAAAAGGCAGAAUGAACAAAGCGCGUUAACCUGAAUUACCAGUUUAAGGUAACGCAACUUUAAGCAGCAUGUAUCAAAUAUAAUAUAGGGAUUACCUUGGGAGAAACGGAAAGUGGUGUUUAUCAUUACUUAAACAUAUUUUGUUUCUCUUCUCUUUACAUUGUGCCAGCGUGCCAAAAUGGACUUUGUGAGUUAACCGCUUCAGCAUUAUUUCAAUUGAUGGACUGUUUUCUUUCCUUUUUCUUUACUUGAAUGAAAUUAUCUUGUAUUUUCUGAAGAUUACUUCACUGCUGGAAACGAUGGUAGUAUAGUGUACGUUCUAAACCACAUCGCUUGAGCUAACUCUUAUUCUAUCCUAUUUAAUUCAUUUAUAACAUGUGUUAACAAAUACAUUAUUUAGAUUUUACUGUAUGUCUAUCCAAUACAGGUACAAAUAAAUAAAUACCUAGUAACCCUCACAAAAAAACAACUAUUGUCUGACAAUACAGUAGGCUAUAUCCUUUAAGUACAGUGUGUGUAUAUAUAUUAUAUAUAUGAAUGAUUGUAUUUAAGGAUAAAUGAUCAUAACUUCACAUUGGAGCCAACCCAGAAGAUUAAACAUUCUUUCAUCUAAUCACUUUGACGCCUGUAGGCACAUGGUGUCUAUAGCAUGUGUCUUCUUUAAAAUACCUACAAAUUAUAAAUCGAACAACUGAACAAAGUGCCGAAUAUCUUCAAGAAAAGGCCAACAGUAUCAUUGUUAGUGCUAAUAAAAUAUAAAGCAAUGAAAUACAAUGAAUGCAUGUGUUGCGACAGGGGGACAAACUAAAAACUUUAAACUAUUCACCGCACUG